CUAGGGAUGUCGGAAGAGGAGAAUUGUGACGAACAAGUGGUACAUGAAAGGCAACAGAAAAAUGAAUCGGAAGAAGACAAGGAGAGAAAACUUGUUGCUCAACAGAUAUCUGAUGGCGUUCUAACAGAUUCCAUGUUAAGAGAGGAGAACAAACUGAAGAAGGAAAAUUUGAAAGAAGAAAGGGAAAUCGUCGAUAAGGCAAUGACCGAGUAUGAUUCAACCGUGGAAGAGCAGCGAUACGCCAGACUACAGCAUUUGUUGAAGAAGUCCGAUGUGUACUCCGCAUUCCUUCUUCAACGCAUCGAAGAACAAAAACAAGAGAACAAAAAGAAACGACUUCGUGAAGCGAAGAAAGCUGAGAAGACACAGAAAGAGGUUUCAUCACCACAAGCUGUUCCUGAAUCAAAACGCUCCCGUCGAGAUAAGAAGGCGUCCAGUGAAUAUAACUUCAGCGAUUACUUGGAUACUGAGGCGCUAAAAAAGAGCAGUGCAGAGUCCAUGUGUGCACCAAAUAAAGAAGUAAACAAGAACCUCGCCGUUAGCCACGACUCAACAGAAUGCGCUAGUUCUGAGGUACCGAAGAAAGGUUUUGUAAAACCGAAGUUGUUGACCGGUGGAGAAUUGCGAGAUUAUCAAGAAGAAGGUGUCGAAUGGCUGAAGGUGUUGUUCGAGAACGGCGUGAAUGGCAUUCUCGCUGAUGAAAUGGGCCUGGGCAAGACAGUUCAAUGCAUUGCUUUGUUGGCCCAUCUCGUGGAAUGGGGUGUUCGAGGUCCGUUUCUCGUCGUUGCUCCGUUAUCAACGUUACCGAACUGGCUUUCGGAGUUCAAACGCUUCACUCCCAAUUUGUUUGCCUCCAUCUAUCAUGGUACACCAGACGAAAGGGCGAUCAUGAGAAAGAAGUUCAAUAAAAUAUACGGAGUGAAACCAUACAGAGCGAUGCCAGUGAUCAUCACAUCUUACAGCAUCGUUAUCAACGACAGCAGACAUCUCAUGAAAUACAACUGGAAAUACCUGAUUGUCGAUGAGGGACACCGAAUCAAAGAUUUUAACUGUAAAUUGAUACGCGAACUUAAGUUAUUGCCGUCGGCCAAUCGACUAUUGCUGACUGGCACACCACUUCAAAACAAUCUGGCUGAACUGUGGUCGCUCUUGAAUUUCUUACUGCCAGAUAUAUUUAACGAUCUCGAAAGUUUUCAAGCGUGGUUUGACUUCAGCGCCAUUUCUCAGAGCGAUGGCGAUCGGAAGAUCAUUGCCCAGGAGCGGGAACAUCACGUUUUGGAACGGCUGCAUUCGAUUCUGACUCCAUUUCUUCUGCGUCGUCUGAAGACCGAUGUAAGCCUCGACAUUCCCCUCAAAAAAGAAGUGUUUGUUUACGCUCCUCUGACACAACUACAAAAGGUCUGGUAUCGACGGGCUCUCGACAGAAUUGAACUUUUGAAUUAUGUGGCGCCUAAGAAAGAAACACCGCAAUCCUAUUCAGCUACCGGUCGAGCGCGGCGACGUUGUACUUCAAUGAAAACAGAUUACAGUGUCUUUGACAGGGAUGAUUUAGACUACGAACAAUUUGUAAAUGUCCAAUCGGAACAAGAAAACAGGAAACGGGCAUUAAGACAGAAGGCACUUGCAACGCCCGAUCCUUCAUUCGAAAGAAACAUCAAAGUUCUUAACCUGUACGUGUUGUUGAGAAAGGUGUGCAUGCAUCCAUAUCUACUCGAGUAUCCCAUCGAUCCUGAGACGCAGGACUAUCGUAUGGACGAGGAACUGAUUACAUCCUCCGGUAAAACACUACUGCUCGAUCAAAUGUUGCCCGAAUUGAAAAGGCGAGGUCAUAAGGUUUUGCUGUUCAGCCAAUGGACAAAACAACUGGACAUAUUACAGGACAUCUGUUACAUACGCGACUAUAAAUAUUCACGUAUCGAUGGAGACAUGAAGUUUGCGGAAAGACAAAUCCAGAUCGAAAACUUCAAUUCCGAUCAGAACGUGUUCAUUUUCCUCUUAUCGACGCGCGCAGGAGGUCUGGGCUUAAAUCUGACGGCCGCCGAUACAGCGAUCAUAUAUGAUAGUGAUUGGAAUCCGCAAAUGGACUUGCAAGCACAAGACAGAUGUCAUCGGAUUGGUCAAACCAGACCCGUUAUCGUGUACCGACUUAUUACGGCAAAUACUAUCGACGAGAAGAUUGUCGAAGUUGCUCGCGACAAGAGGAGAUUGGAGAAGAUGGUCAUCCAUAAAGAGCGAUUCAAAGGCAUGCGCACUGACAAAGCGCUGUCGUCAAAGGAAAUUAUGCAUCUCUUGCAAUCGUGCGAUCACAAUGCUGCUAUCAACUCCAAAGAAGUUAGCAGUAAUGUCCUGUUGACGAAAGAACAACUGAACAAACUAAUGGACCGCAGUGAUAUGGUUACGGAUGGCAAAUCGAAAGCAACUGCAGAGAACGUCGAUGACGACGAAGACAAAGCUUUGUUCAAAGUCGUCAAAAGCGAUGAAUGAUAACGGAAAAAUGAAGAAAACCAUAAAUUACCGCAUUCACGAGCAAUUUUCUAUAAAAAAUUAUAAAAAUAUCGCGACCAAUAUUGUUAAAUUUACAAACGGUUUUAGUGAUGUAUAGGGAAAUAUAUAUAUAAAUGGGAGUUGUUCGAUAAAGCACAACUUUGUGCUCGUGUUUUGCUUAUUUAGCUAUGUAAAAUUCUUUGUUUGUGUUUUUAUAAUAUUUGUAAUAACCAAAAUAAAAAUCUUCAUGUUUCGUUCAA